AUGCUUCAAAAGAAUGAGUUUGUGGAAGAGAACGGUGAUCGAGAUGGCCUCGGUAUCAACGGUAGUGGGUUCACUGACGAUAUAGACUUGGAAUCGAGGCAAGGUGAUAGUUUUGAGAAAUUAGGCCAAUCUGAGAGUCUAAGAGGUGAAGUGUUGGAUGUGUUAGAUGAUCAAGUUGGCGAUACGGGAAAGAUGCUUCUAUACCCUGAUAUAGGCUCGAAGUUCCCAUUUAAGACUUCUGAUCGAAUUUUGGAUGACAUAUUGCGGGAUAUAUCCUUUAUUAAUUCAGAGGAGCAUAGCAUUUUGUAUUCAGACUUGCAUAACGGUGUUCUCCGCUUGCCUGUGUUGAACUACUCGAGGAGAAUAGUCGACAUGCAACCAUACUCAUUAGGAACAUUAGUAGACCAAGUUGUCCUGGAAAGCAAAUAUGAAUUACCCUCCGUUUCUUGUCCGGAACACAAUAAAUUGAAUGUCUUUAUGGGUGUCUUAAUCGAUCGGGUGAAGCAGGAAAAGAUAACGCCAGAGACGUUCAUUGAUUCUCAAAUUUACCAUAUAAAAAUAACUGUAAAAACUAGAACAAUUUUGGAACAGACAAAAAAACGAUUAGGCUUGUCGCGUUUCCAUAUGAUUGAUGAGACAGAUUUACAUCCUUUCGAUAAAAUGGAUCUUUUAACGUUUGAUUCAAACAAUCCCCGCCUGAUAGAUUACGCAAUAUAUGUUUCUGAGGACACAAAUAAAUUAAUUUUAAUCGAAAUUUUUAAACCAGAAUUCGAGAAAGUAGAUGCGGAACAAUUAUGGUCGCAAGAUGCGAUCAACAAUCGAUAUGAAAGGGCAUGCCAAAAGUUUGAAUCACUAGAUCCGAGUAAUGUCGUAUGUCCUGCUGAAUGCAUAAAUACGCUUUUCAAAAUAUUCAGAGGGCCAUUGAAUCGUACAAGCGCCGAAGAACCUUUGAAAACAAUAAACUCAGAUAAUGUAGUGCUGAAUUCACACAUAGAUCCGAAGUGGUUGACAAUGAAGUAUGAUUUCAGACUAUUUAUGGGAAAAAAUGAAGAGACCGGUGAAGAAGUUCCAGAAUACGAGCCUCCUGAUUUAACCAAUUACUUAAAGGAUUGGAAACAAAGAAAGCUGAGAGAAUCCUUUAUCAGAAAAUGCAUUGAAUUAAUAUUUUUAGGGAAAUUUUCUGUCAAGUUAUUAGUUGGCGAAGAAUUAAAGAAAGUUCCAAGAGUAAUACGCGCAUUCAACAUUGUUCAAACGGCCUACACAACAUCACCUUGGUUUCAUACUUUGGAGGAGUAUAAAUCAAUCUCCGGAGAUCCAUCUUCAACGCUCGAUACAAAUUAUCACUUCGUGAAUCUUUCAACAUGUCAUUACUAUGUUGACCGUGAUAUCAUCAAAAAUUAUGAGACCCAAUGCGUUUUGGACUCAGAAAACAUAGGUAUUUAUUUUGAUGCUUUGACUUUCAUUGCCAACAGAAAGGGAUCAUUUCAACUGAUUGCGUAUUGUGGUAAACAGGAUGUUGUUGGGCAGGAAUCUCUUGACCAUGCAUUGAGAUUAUUUGGCAUUGAUUCCAAAGAAAUAGACGUUUCUACAAUUAAUGAUUCAGUGUUGAUAACAAUAUAUCAAACUGAAUCAUUGAAUCAUUCCUACCCGAACAAGCAUUCAGAUUUGAAAAACGCUCUGUGUCUCAUAGCAAAAUAUAAAAAUUCGCCAAAACUUAAGUUUUUAGCGGAUUAUGAGCCAUACAAGCUUGUUUCAAAAGCAUACGAUAUUUUAGAAGUGGACCAGUCCGUUGACGAAGAUGUUAUACAAACAGCAUACUCAAUAAAGGCAAAUGAUUCCCCCGGUCUAAAAAUAGACUGUGAUAGAGCUCUUUACACAGUUGCUAUUCAUAAAAAAAGCUUGUCUCUAUUUGAUUUUCUAAUGGUUCAAUGUCCAGAAUUUGAAGAAUACUAUGGUUCAUCAAGACUUUCUUACAUGGAAGCAUUGGAAUUACUUCAAAUCAAUGAAAAUGCUAGCGACGAUACCAUCUUGGAAAUUUUUCAAAGGAAGUGGUAUGCUGAACACAAUUUUGAGUCAGAUAAUUUUCUGAAAUUGAAAGCCGCUUUGACAAGAAUUGGACUUGAAAGAAAUUCCAAAUUCAUUUUGCAUUUUAUUAACACUGGUAUUAUUGAUGCCAGUUGCCUUCCUGCUAAUGAUUGGCCUAUUGGUUUGAAUAAUAUUGGUAACACUUGCUACCUAAACUCUUUGCUCCAAUAUUAUUUUUCUAUAGCGCCUCUGAGAGAAUGGGUUCUGAAUUAUAAUAGUACCAUAAAAGAUUUGAAAUCGAAUGGUCGAAACACUUCAAGAAGAAUUGGCGGCAGAGAAGUCAGUGAUUCUGAGGUACAAAGGUCAAUUUAUUUCAUAUAUGAGUUAAGAGAUUUGUUUCGUGAUAUGAUUCAUUCAAAGGAAAGAUGUGUUACGCCAAGAGAAAAAUUGGCCUUCUUGGCUUUCGCACCAAGUAGUAUGAUUGUGGACUUGAAAUUACUUUCAGACUCAAAUGAUGAUGAAGAAAAGUUAAAAAGUAAUGGUGCUCAUGCCGAUCAUGAGGAAUCAGCACCGGUGAACGGAGAGGCAUCCUUGAUAGAUUUUAAAGAUGAGGAUAAAGAUGAAAAUAUGGAACUUCCAUUAGAUGAAACAGAAGAAAACCCACAAUGCAACGAUAAUACAGUAAACGAAAACGAAGAUAUCAAUAUGCUCGAUCUGGAACAGGAAGAAAUGGGGAAUAAAUCUCCAAAAAUUAGCCCCGAUCAAUUAGAAAAUGCACUUGAAAUGGGAAGACAACAGGAUGUUACUGAAUGCAUUGGAAAUGUGUUAUUUCAACUGGAAAGUGCAUCCUAUCCAAUAAAUCUCGGUGAGGAUAAUGAGCAGAAUGAUCUUGUGAAAGAGCUCUUCUAUGGUAACAUUAAACAAAAUAUCGUUCCUCUAAACAUUGAAGCUGGGGUACGCACAAAAAUCGAAAGGUUCCUUUCAUUAUUGGUCAACAUUGGGGAUCAUUCAAAAGACAUUUAUGAUGCACUUGAUUCAUAUUUCAGUGAUGAAUAUCUAACGAUGGAGGAAUACGGAGAAGUUAAAAGAACUUUAGCUGUUACCGAAUUCCCCACCAUUUUACAAAUUCAAAUCCAAAGAGUUUACUAUGAUCGUGAAAGAUUCAUGCCUGUGAAGUCAAUUGAUCCUUUGCCCUUCAACCAAUUGUUGUAUAUGGACAGGUAUACCGACACAACAGAUAAAGUUCUCUUGGAGAGAAAGCGCGAAACCGAGGCAAUGAAGAAGGAACUACUCCAGUUGAAGAAGCGUCAGAAGGAACUGUUAAGCACAAAUGAACUUGGGAUUUCAAGAAAAGCGGCCUAUAUAGAGACUUCUAAAAUUCUGAAAUCUGACAUACUAGAGUCUCAAAAUAUUGAAAUCACCGGAAAAGAUGAACUAUUUCAAAAAUUAAAUGGUUUCAUAUCAGAAGUUGAUAACGAACUAACAAAACUUUACCAUGAAAUCCAGACAUUGGAGUUGAAAAUCCCUAAACAGUUUGACGAUUUCAAAAACCUAGCAUACUCCUUGUUUGCAGUUUUCAUACACAGAGGGGAGGCAAGUUAUGGUCACUACUGGAUAUACAUAAAAGAUAGCUACAAGAAUGGCAUUUGGAGAAAGUACAACGAUGAAACCAUUACGGAAGUUCCCGAAAGUGAAGUAUUCAAUUUUGCCUCUGGUAAUACAGCUACACCGUACUUCCUCGUCUAUGUCAAAAAAGGCAACGAGGCGGAUAUCGAACCAUUGAAAAGAAUAGUACAACAAAACAUAUAG